GAGACUUCUGAGAAAGAGAAAAUAUUAAGGUUCAGAAAUUCAUUUAGGUCUCAUUUUAUUGUUCUUUGUCUUCGAUUUAUAUUCUCCAAACGCAACAGAAGUUUACUUCUACUUAUAAAACAACUGUCGUCUCCCCAGAAUUAUAGAGGCCCCUGCACAACAUACAAUUAACCAAUAUGUAUCCAUGUAUGGAUUUAGGUAAUAUGUGGAGAGAAAAAAAGAAGAAGAACAUAAAGGAGGACUUGAUUCUUUUGGCUCCCAAAUAAUUUCUGCCAUUGUUUACCAACUGGAACAACCCACCAGAAAUUGUGCCACUCUUUCACACAAAAUUCAGCCGGAAAAUGUUAAAAUUUCUAGUUCUUAGCUCCCUGAUGUAGUAUAAAUAUUACUAAAUCAUUUUUAAAUUUAAAAAAUAAAAAUAUUAUAUACCAAGUGGUGAUGAAUAAGAAUUGAUAUAAAUGACAGUAGUAUUCCUCAAUUCGGCCUCGGAUCAUGUCAGAAUAUGCUAUCAUGGCAUAAUAGAAAUGAAUAUAAUUGCCAAUUUUAACUAGUUUCAAUUCAAUUAGUGGCAUUUUGCAAAAAUGAAUCAUCUUGUAUUGAAAAAGCAACUGCUGUUUGAGCCCAAAUUGAUACUAUCCGUAUUAAUAUUUUAUCAAAAUUUUAACACCAAAGCCAUUUAUUCUUCUUAUACAUCUCAAAAGGACAAUGAAGACAGGUGUUCGCAAGAGAAAUUGCAUCUAUACAAGAGCAAAGGCCAACACUUGCUCACUAAUCCGCGGGUUCUUGAUACAAUUGUUCGCAGAUCAGCAGUUGAGCCAACUGAUACUGUCCUAGAAAUUGGGCCUGGUACUGGUAAUCUCACCCUCAGGCUUCUUGAAGUUGCUAGAAAAGUUGUUGCAGUUGAAAUUGAUAAACGAAUGGUAGAGAUUCUCCGCGAACGUGCUUCUGAGCAGGGGUUGCAAGAUAAACUUGAUAUUAUACACAAGGAUGCAUUGAAGGCUGAGUUUCCGAAUUUUAAUAUUGUUGUGGCAAAUAUUCCUUAUGGAAUAUCAUCUCCUCUUGUCACUAAACUGGUGUAUGGAGUGAACAAGUUUCGAAGUCUUACUCUUUUACUUCAGAAAGAGUUUGCUCGGCGGUUGUUAGCUAAUCCUGGUGAUCCCGAGUACAAUAGAUUGGCUGUGAAUGUGAAGUUAGUGGCAGAUGUGGAGUUUGUGAUGGAUGUCAGCAAACGGGACUUUGUUCCAUCUCCGAAAGUUGAUUCUUCCGUGGUGAUUAUUCGUCCGAAAACUGAAAUCCCCAGUGUGAAUCUUGUUGAAUGGAGGGCUUUCACCAGAACCUGCUUUGGCAAUAAAAAUAAAACAUUGGGUGCAAUCUUCAAGCAGAAGAAAAAGGUUAUGGAGCUUUUGAGAAUGCAUAAUAUGACGAGCUGUAAUAGCAAAAGCAGAGUUAACGCCAAUGAUGAUGAUGAUGAUGAUCAUAAUCACAAUGAGAACAGUGAUGGAGAAGGCGAAGGUGGCCAUUUUUGUUCUUGUUCAGAGAUGGAAGUGAGUUUCUACAAGGAAAGGAUUAUUGAGGUUCUAAAAGCUAAUGGUUUUGAAGGUAAUAGACCUUCCAAACUGAGCAAUAAGGAGUUAGUAAAUUUGCUUUCAUUGCUUAAUCAAGCUGGAGUAUUUUUUACGUGAAGAUUUGCUGCUGGUGGUGCUACUUACAGCUCAGUUCAAUGAGAUGAUAGUACUGGCUUGUUGAAUUCUAUCUUUUCAUGACUGCUAUUUUUCCUCUGUUUUGAACAUAUAAAUUCAUUCAAUUCAUAAUGAAGUAGAAAAGUUGUAAGCUAA